AUGAGGCGAGGAUUCGUACAAUCCAAAACGGAUCCUUGUUUGUACAUCCGAAACAAUAACGGUGUUAAAAUGUACCUAUUAGUCUACGUUGAUGAUUACCUCCUGGGAUCGUCGAUUGAGGAGGAGAUUCAUCGGAUUUGCGAGAGCCUUAGUGAAGAGUUCGAGAUUACCUGUCUUGGUGGAGUUCGUCAUUUCUUAGGUAUGGAAUUUCAGCAAGAAUAUGGUGUCUAUCAGAUCAGCCUUUCGAACUACAUCGACAAUCUUAUCGAGAAGUAUGGAGUGCGAGACGCAAAGACAGCAAGAUCACCGAUGGAUAUUGGUUAUCCGAAGCAAAAAGAACAAGGCAAACUGUUCGAAGAUGCUACUAAGUACCGCAGCCUAAUUGGAGGACAGUUAUACAUCUCCGUGAAUGCACGGCCGGACAUUGCUGCAUGUACGGCUAUCUUGGGAAGAAAAGUGAGUGCUCCCAGUGAAUCAGAUUGGACUGCUGCGAAAAGGGUCUUGAGAUACCUUAAAGGAACGAAGCAUUAUGAAUUACAGCUGGGCGGAAACCAGGAUCAACAACUAGCCGGUUAUUCAGAUGCCGAUUGGGCUGGCGACAUCGAUACCAGCGUCUGGAUUCGUACUUUCGUUCGGUGGAGGAGUUAUUUCGUGGACAAGUCGUCGACAAGCCAGUGUCACCCUAUCGAGUAUGGAAGCUGA